AUGGAGUCUACUUUUGAUAUUAAUGGAUCAAACCGGAAUAAUAAUAUUAGUAUUAACAAGUUUGUUCAUGAACAUCCGAUAUUAAAAUCAUUUAUUGCCGGUUCUACAUCUGGAUUAUUCUCUACAGUUUUAUUUCAACCUUUUGACGUUGUCAAAACAGUCUUACAAAACCCUAGAAAUGACAAUAAAUUAGGAAUAAUCAAUGCCACAAAGUCUGUCUGGCAGCAAGAAUCUUAUUAUGGAUUUUGGAGAGGACUGUCUCCGUCUCUUGUACGCAAUAUUCCAGGAAUUGCCAUUCAUAUAUCACUUACACAGUUAAUAUAUUCAUAUCUAACAAAAAACAAUCAGACUUCUAUGGUGAAGUCCGGUAUAGCUGGAUUUAGUGCACGAUGUAUUACUGUUUCUGUAUUAAUGCCUUUCACUGUUUUAAAAACUAGAGUAGAAAGUGGACAGUAUAGUUAUACGACUUUAACCCGUGCCCUAUCUGAUAUGUAUAGGUUGGAAGGUUGGAGAGUUUUGUGUCGUGGAUGGACACCAACAAUUUUACGAGAUGCUCCAUUUUCUGCAUUAUAUUUUAUGAUUUUUAUCAAAUUAAAAAAUAUAACAUUACAAGGAGAAUUAGACAACAAACAACCAUUUUAUAUUUUUGGAUGUGGUCUUCUGGCCGGAGGAUUAGCAUCCUGUAUAACUCAACCAUUUGAUGUAAUAAAAACUAGUCAGCAAGUAUCAAAAGAAAAGCUUCAUUUAAUUGAUGCUAUUGUUUUAAUUAAACAAAAAUAUGGAAUAUCUGGCUAUUUUAAAGGACUGUCUCUUCGAGUUUUAAGACGAUCUUUAAUGGCUGCAAUGACAUGGACUGUAUAUGAAAAAUUAACUUAG